ACGUAUGAUGGAACCUGGCUCUGAGGCAGAGUUGUUCUUAAGGGUGGAUAGAUCAAGAAACUACCAGGAGUUUAGAACCAGUUUUUUGGAGAACUUCAGCCACGUGCAUUCUGUGUCGGAGAUUAUUGACAUGAUGAAAAAAACAACGUUCAGUGCUGCAAAGACGUCAGUCAUGGGUUACAUUCUAAAAAUGCAAGAAAUUGCAUCUCGAGCGAACAUCGACGAAAAACAGACAGUGGAGUUGAUUGUGGACGGGUUUCGUGAUCGUUCUGCCAACAUUGCGGUUCUCUACCCAGCGACGACAAUUGCACAAUUAAAACAACUGGCCCAUCGGUACUCACAGUUGAGGGAGAUGCACACUGCAUCGUUCGCAACAUCCCGUGGUGGAAAGCCACCGGCUAGACCAGCAACGAAACCGUCCGACGUUAGAUGCUUCAACUGUUCCGCGAUGGGACACGUAUCAGCCAACUGCCCUGAGCCAAAGCGAGAAAUCGGAUCGUGCUUCCGGUGUGGUUCGAACCAACACAAAUUGAAGGACUGCCCCAAACCGGCUUACGUGAUGAAGAGACAGGUCGCCAUGGUGGACGAUUUUCGGCGAGGCCCAGCACUGACAGACAUUGGACCGGUCGAGGCAAACGGUGGAACAAUUCCAGAAAUCAAUGAGGUUCAACAAAGUCCACGAAGAUGAUCAAUUGAUUCCAAUAGGCAUUAUUCCCGCCAACACAUUCUGUUCUUGAUUAACAAAGAUUGAUCGUACCACGGUAAAUCCCAAGACUUGAAUCGUAUCGAAAGUUCGGAGGCAGCAGAUGGAUCAGGAGGAGUUUGUAAUUAGUUUGAAGAACUGCUUGAC